AUGUUGGCCGACGUCUACAAGCAACUCAUUAACAUGAUUAUUGGAAUGUUUGUAGAUCAAGGAAGCCGUCUUUUUGCAGGUUCUACAAUUGAAGGAGUGGAUAAACAGGUUGAGGAGGCCUGCCGAUGUCUUAACCUUUCUGACGAUGUUCUUCGUAAUGUCAUGGCAGCUCUCAAGCAAGGCAUGAAUCAAGGUGUCCAAAAAGGAACACCAAUGGGUGUUGGUCUAAAAAUGAUUCCGUCUUAUGUAAGAGCUAUUCCUAAUGGAACAGAAACUGGUGACUAUUUGGCGCUCGAUCUCGGAGGUACCAACUUCCGUGUGCUUCUGAUUCGUCUUCGAGGAAAAGAGGCUGAGAUGGUCGCAAAAAUUUACGAAAUCCCGAGUUCAAUACAACGAGGAACUGGUGAUGCUCUAUUCGACCACAUUGCCAACUGUAUAGCGAUGUUCUGUGAAGAACAGUUCGGUAAAGGUCACAAGAAGAAGCUGCCGCUCGGAUUCACAUUCUCAUUCCCCUGCAAACAAGAUGGACUGACUAGAGCCAAGCUGAUUCACUGGACCAAAGGAUUCAGUGCCAGCGGUUGCGAAGGUCACGAUGUAGUACAUUUGUUGCGAAAAGCAGUCAAAAGGCGUGGAGAUAUCGAAAUCGAUGUGGUAGCUCUCCUGAACGACACCGUAGGAACGCUAAUGGCAUGUGCGUUCAAAGAAAAUAGCUGUCAGAUUGGAGUAAUCGUUGGAACUGGUACAAACGCCUGUUAUAUGGAAAAAUUAGAAAAUGUACCCAAAUUGAAAGGACAAUGGGAAACCGAUGGUGAUCCACCGAUGAUGAUUAUCAACAUGGAAUGGGGAGCAUUCGGUGAUGAUGGCGCUAUAAAUUUUGUGAUGACAGAAUAUGACAAAACGGUUGACGGUAAUAGUAUCAACCCAACGAAACAACUGUUUGAGAAAAUGAUCUCCGGUAUGUAUAUGGGCGAACUGGCACGUUGUGUAAUGGAAAAAAUGGCAAGGAAAGGAGUUCUCUUCCAAGGAGACGCUGAAGGAAUCAGUAAACGAGACGGCUUCACCACCAAACACGUCUCCGAAGUUGAGACGUGGGUUGUUUGUGGGAUCGAUCUCCACCUGGAGUUGGCUUUGGUCUUCAUGCACAGCGUUCCCUACUGUGGUGUAAUUGCCUGUUCGGUUUUUAGUGAAUUGGAAGAAGGUGGAAAAGAAAAAGGAUUCCCAAGAACACGUGAAAUUCUCCGAGAAAUUGGUGUGAAAAAUAUCAGUAACGAAGAUUGUCUGAAUGUUGCGUAUAUUACUCAAUCAGUCAGCACAAGAGCAGCCUACCUGACGGCGGCAGCAAUCGCUCAGGUGCUUAAUCACAUAAAGAAAGAUUUUGUGGUCACCGUAGGCGUGGACGGAUCUGUAUAUCGUUUUCACCCAAGCUUCAAAAAACUACUUGAACAAAAAAUUACUGCCUUAGUAGACAGCGGUAUUAAGUUUCAACUUAUGCUAUCCAAAGAUGGUAGCGGUAUCGGUGCAGCUGUGGUAGCAGCCGUCGCGACUCGUAUUGCACAUGAAAAGAAAUCAGCAUCAAAAUCGAGAUCGGAUAAGAGCUGA